GUCCUACUCCCUCUUCGUUUAUUUCUGUCUGUCACUCGUCUGAUCUGACUACCACCCCCACUAUGCUGUUUGUUUCAUCACUUUCUUCUCUCUUUAACACCGUCUGAACUUUAACAUGAAGAAUAUGUUAUUUUCAUCUCUCCCAUUAAUUUUCUUUAUCUUUUGUUCUUCUUUCUCCUCCAGCUGGGCCUGACUGUUCAUCUGUCACUUUCCAGAAAUCUGGACAUAAAUUAAAAUUCAAAUAUUUUCUCUGAUUUUUCUCGCUGAUACCCUUCUCACUUUUUCUUGACACGUACGUGAGCGUUCAACUCCCUUUUUAUCUGCCCCUCUCCUCCUCAUCUGCGCCACCUCCCUCCUCAGCUCACGCCAUCUCUGUGCUCUGCAGUAAAACUGGUGCAUUGAGGCAGCAGGAAAUGGGGACUAGAGACAAUAGAAUGGAGAGAAGAACAGAAGGUUCUGUCUGCAAAUGUCUGCAACUAGAAAAAUUAGAAUGCUGUUCUGUUUUGUCACCAUGGAACCCAGGUUUGAAUAAAAACAAACAUUUAGUUACAUUUUGAGCUCCUAUUGAAAAUGUGCAGGACUAUUGUGUGGCUGGCAAGUGUUUGUUUGCUGAUUUGCCCCUCUUUGAGCUGCUAUGACUGCUUCAUCGACGUCGAGGACAGUCUUCGGCUUUGCUGGGGUCACGUUCUGACAAACACCAACGUCAGAAACAUGGACGAAUGCUUCAGGAAGCUGGACCGCAUAUUUAACACCAACCAGACAGUGAUAGAGGCUGGGAGAGUGGGUGAAGGCUUCGACAUCAAGCUGAAGGAGAUCCUAGAGGCAGAGAUUUUGCCCGUAGUGGAGGAGUUUGACCAAAACCUGAAUAUGGACACUGUGUACGAGAGGAGGUUGCAGACAGCAGCAGACAAUUUCAUUGCAGCUGCCUCCAAACUGCCUAGAGUUUCUGGCUGCUUUCCUCCGUGUGGUUUCCAGAGUGCAGGUGCUGUGUACAACUGCAUCACCUGCCAGUACGACUCCUGUGAAUUCCCACUCGACUGUCCAGUUGAAGAAAUUGAAGUAAUGGAGAACCACAAGGCCCAAAUGUGGUGUGAUGUGGCAUUUGACCUACCAAGUGAUAUUGAGGUGAUCUGGAGGUUUGCAGAAGAGAUCAAAACACAGGAAAUGGACCAGUUUAUAGAGGUGACUGCAGGUGUAGACAGACUUUACUCCAUUCCAUCAACUAGCCUGCAGCAUCAGGGCACCUACCAGUGUGAGAUUUACUCAGGCAGUCGCUCUAUUGUCAGGAUCUACUUCUACAUUACAGGGUCCUGUACUGGUCUUCAUCAGAGGAAGACCAUAAUGAGGGAGAUGCAGAUGACGAUGAUCACUUUGAACUUGAAAUGUCAUAGGUAUGAAAAGCAUAAAGAAAUGAAUCAACUGUAAUAAGAAUGAACAAAAAUGUCAGGAUACUCACUAAAUGCAUUAUGUCUUUCAUAAAUGUGAACAUAUAUGUUAAACUCUUCUCUCCACUAGAGGUCAGGGUAGACCCUUUUAUUCAACAGUUAAACAAAUUGACACCAAGCAUAUGUAUAUAUGACAGCAACUCAUGAAGAACCUGUACCUGUUUAGGCAAAUAAUUUCUUGCAUACGGCCCAAUGUUCUCAUAGAGAGCUUUGAACAAGCAAUAAGGAUCCAGCGAACACUGUUAGGUGGGUUUAAACCUGAUCUGUCUGACAGGUUUCAAUAUAUUUUGUCAUUAAUAUACUCCACGGUCAGUGGUGGAGUACCACCUGGCUCAGUGCUUCUGUAAGUAUGUGUAUCAUGUUUUUUUUUUAUUUGUACCAUUUUGUUAUUCUUAAAAGGUUUAACACAUUUUAGCUUUAAUACAUUAAAGAGAGCUUGGCAAGUUCCAUGCUACAA